UUCAAAUAUUAUUUCAAAAAGAUUUGGCAAGAAUAUUGGGGCAAAGGGAGUAAGGGAAGAUGGUAUCAGAAGAUACAAAGAGAAGUAGGAUGUAGUUGGAAUAGGGACAGGGAUGAUGUGAUUAGUAGGUUGAGAUUCGUUCAUACUGGUUUAAACAGUACUAAAAUAAUUUUAGGGCAGUAUGAAACAGGAAGAUGUGAGUGUGGAACGGAGGAAACAGUAGGACAUGUUCUAAAUAUUAGCCCAUUAUACAUACAACAGAGAGGCAGGAUGACAGAGGUCCUGAUAGGGGCAAGAAGAGGGACAGAUUUAAAGAUGCUGUUAGGAGAAACAGGACACGGAGUGGUGUUUAGGUUUGUAGUGGAGACGGGGCGAGAGAGUAGAAUAUAGUUUUUUCUUCUUUCUUUGAAAAAAGAAACAUUGCAUACUCCAACACAGAAGGUGGCGGUAAAGCACUACCCAGUUUGCCAACCGAUAAACAAAAAGAAAAAGAACCCCCUCACAGGAAGUGUCGUCGGGCGUGUUAGCCGUUAGCCCCACGCUCACAGAUUACACUUUACUAAACGUGAAUUGUCUUCUGCUGAGAAUGUCUGUUGAUCUUGACCAGACUCCUCGAUCGCUGCUGGUCUGUGAACGCUCCAGUUUCUGUGACGAGAACAACCGUGUCAGUUCACAGGUCGAGCAACUGCACUUCAACUACAAGGUGUCUGUGCUGCUGUCUGACUGUAGCUCCGCUCCCUCUCACCUGGAGUCACUGUUAACCAGUUUCAGUCAUUUUUACCUGGUCAGGAAUCUGCCACUGCAUGAGCUACUGGACAAACAGUUUCUGGAGACCGCUGUGUACCAAGGUAAUGUGUAUGGGCUAUCAUACAGAACUAGGCUAGAUGAGGACAACUGUGUUGCUCUGAUGCCGAAUGGUCACCUGGUUCUGUCUCUGGACAAAGACUCCUUCCAGGUUCUGGGUUUUGAGGGGAAAACAUCCACAUUCAACUACAAAACCAAGAACAGAUAUGUGGUGACUGUCGACCUGACUGACGGCAGCAUGGCACCUGGUCGGCAGGCCUACCUAAGACUCCUUACAGGUCUGACAUCGCGACUCCCCCUGCAAAUGGACUUCCUGCUGUCACAUCAUCCAGGAGGUGGAGCUUCUCUGCAGGCCCUCUUGUCUCGGUACAUCUGGUCAGAGCACAAACCUGAGGUUGGCACAUGCUCUUUGACACACCUGCCAUGUCCAGAUCUGCAAUCAUGUGACCCCCACGGCCUUCUAGAGUGGCUCGGUGCUGUGGAUGCCAACAUCAGCAGAGAUAACUCAUCAAGUAGCUUCCUCUCCUCACUGGUCUGUCCAGAACCCAAGAGGACAGUGAGUCGAGCUCUGAGAAUCUCCAUCUGCGGACUGCUGCUCCCCCACGAUGUGCAACGCCUUAUCCAGGAGCUCAGGUGUUACCUUGGGCAAUGUCAGCCGGAGUCCUGGGUGUCACUUACGGUUCAUGGUUUCGUUGACAGUCCAGUAUCAUGGGGGGGCAAGGAACAUGGAGUCCUGAGAGGAGGAGAGAACUUCUAUACCCUCUUUAUAUUCCAUGACCACACUUACCACCUCCACCUGGCUGCCGGCGCACAGGACACCUGUCCACCCUGACCCCAUCUGUCCUCUUGGAGAGUCAGCUUGUUAAGUUGGUGCACAUGUGGUUGUAGAAAGCAGCUUCAAUCACGUUUGGGUUGAAACUGAAGAAUCUCAGAGUUGGAGAGUAAAUUUGUGAAAAGCUGUUUUAGUCCAGAUUUUAAUGCGAAUCUGGUCUUUGGAAUUAAAAGUUUAAAUCAGUCAAGUUGCAGGUCAACAUCAGAGCGGUAAGAAGUCUGGAGAAUCUGUGUAAAACCUUCCUUAGUUUUUCACCAAAUUUCAUGUCAUGCCUUUUAGUUCAGUGUUUGUUGCCAAGAUAAACACACGUCACUCAUGAAUAUAGUCAGUGAACUAUACAGUGAAAAAUUUGUUUUCUUGUUAAUAUUAAAUUAAAGUUAAAUCA